CUACACCUUAAUAUCAGUAGAUACCCGAAUAUGGUGUCCUAGCCUCCAUCGUCUUCUUCAUUUGAAGAAAUACAGAACAGAACCCAUCGUCUCUCUCUACGGUUCUUGUUUCCGCCAUUUCCUCUUCAUCAAGCCACAGCUCCGAUCACUGAAUUUGGAUUCCCGAAGCCCCAAUUGCGCAAUAUUAUGCUGAGACAGACUUGAAGACUCCAGCAGUAUCGACCCAGCUGUUCUACAGCACUGUUUUUCUCCCUUCCGGCCGGCACUAGACGCCUAUCCUCGAUCACAGCUCCGUUCUGUGACUCGACACUAUUAGACAUGAUGUCCAAGCCUCCAAUGAAUCGCAGCUAUAGAUUCUUCUUCAUGAAUGACUACAAAAAUCAGCACUGCAUCUCAUUCUCACAUCUCCAACUGCGAAGGAUGACUUCCAGCAAGAGGGUUCAGGACCGAAGCAAGUUCAAGCGAGUCCAUGACCUAGAAAUCGCGGCUGAGAAGCACAAGGUAAUGUCCAAGAUUCUGCAUAUGUUUGAGAUACUCAAAGGGGAGCCCGAAAACAUCGUUCCCUUGAGAAAUCUCGACAAGCAUCGCAAGCAGAUCAAUCUCCCCAAACCCAACAAAUUCUCAGAUUUCCUUCGGAAAGCACCGAAGCUCUUCGAGAUGUACAAAGACAGCAGGGGCAUAAUCUGGUGUGGGAUGACGCCUAAAGCCGAAGAGCUGGUAAAAGAGGAAGAAGAAAUCAUUGAAAAAAAUAGAGCGCAAUCUGCUGAGUACGUGACUAGGAUGUUGAUGAUGGCGGCGGAUAAGCGGCUGCGCCUUGACAAGGUCGCACAUUUUAGGCGGGAUUUAGGGUUUCCGAUGGACUUUAGGAAGAAUUGGGUCCAUAACUAUCCUGAUAAUUUCAAGGUCGUUCAUCCAUUUAAACCUUUUGAUGAUACUGAGUAUUUGGAGCUCGUGUCCUGGAACCCUAAUUGGGCAAUCACGGAGCUGGAGAAGACUGUCUUAGGUGUAAUUGAAGGGCAGGAUUGCAGUGAUCAUGUACCCGGAUUGCUAUCACUGCCUUUCCCGUUGAAAUUUCCUGCUACUUACAAGAAGUUAUAUCGCGAUGGUGGGAAAAUCGCGCAUUUUCAGAAAAGGGAGUACCUGUCUCCUUAUGCAGAUGGUAGUGGUUUGCAAGCCGGGUCUCUCGAGUUUGAUAAGCGGGCGGUGGCGAUUAUGCACGAGUUGCUCAGCUUUAGCAUUGAGAAAAGAUUAGUGACUGAUAUUUUAACACAUUUUAGGCCGGAGUUCAACAUGCCGCAGAAGUUGAUGAGGCUUCUGCUGAAGCAUUGUGGGAUUUUCUAUGUUUCUGAUAGGGGAAGGAGGUUUAGUGCCUUCUUGAAUGAAGCUUAUGACCGCUCGGAGUUGAUUCAGAAGCAUCCGUUGGUUGUUUGGAGAGAAAAUGUUUUGAGUCAUGUUGGUUUUAGGGGGAAGAAGAAAAAGAUUGAAACUUGUGCAGAUAUCUCAGAUGUGGAUGAGAAGGAUUUGUUCGGGAGUGAUUCUGAGGAUGAUGAUGAUCACCACAUUGAGCUGCAACUUGGUCGGGAAGAGAAGAUGCAUUCUUUAGAUGGUGCUUCUGAUAUGGAUGAAUCUGAAAUGGAUGUUGAGGGGGUCCGAGGCGAAUACAACAAUUGAAUAUGGUGAGGUAUAAGAUUUUUGAUUCGUAGAAACCAAUGUCAUCCAUGAUUUCUUAACAUUGCGAGGACUGCAAGUUAUCAUCAAUUUCAUGGUGGAGUUUCUUGUCAUGUUAAUAUGAAUCCAUCCGCUUCUUUACUUGGUAAUCACAAGGAUGAGUCUGUAGCCGGUCUUCUUUUUAAAGAACUGAUUGAGAAGGCAGGUGGUUUUGCUGGGGUAUUUUCAGAGCCCAAAUAUGAAAUCAUGAAGAAGCUGCAGGAUAGGAAGCACAUGGUUGGCAUGAAAAGUAAUGAUGUCAAUGAUGCCCCGACUCUGAACAAGGCAGAUAUAGGAACUGCAGUUUAUGACAUUGUGCUCACUAAACCUGGGCUUAGUGUUAUCAUUAGAGUAGAGCCAUAUUCUAGAGAAUGAAGAACUGUACAAUGUGUUUAUUCUUUCUAAUUAAAAAUCACUUUCAUUAA